GCAUGAACUGAGGUUCGAGCACAGGUUAGGCACCACUGGAAGGGGAGCAGUGAGUUGGAGCUUUAAGAAGGAGGAGAGCUGGUGCAUGUCCCAAGUGCCCACAUGCAGUGCCAGAACGCACAUGGCAUCCACGCAUACAUAAGUGCCAUUUGCGUGGUCAGCAUUUGUAUGGUCACCUUUUGCAUGUUGGCAUCGCAUGCAGCUACUUUGGACACCUGCCGCCCCAGCAAGAAACUGCAAGGGGCAGCGGAGAGCAGGUAAGGACCUCCUCUCUUUCUUAAAGUUCUUGCUCACCACUUCCCUCCCUGCGAUGCUGAACCUGUCCUUGAACCUCAGUUCGUGCACAUCCUUAAAUGGGACUGGGAGGCAGAGAGAGCCCUUAUGCCUCUCUUGAAGAUGAUACAUCAGGAGAGGAGGAAGAUGCAGAAAAUCUAUGGAAAGAAACAAGCCUGGGCGGUUUUUGCAGUUCACUUUCAGAAGUUCUGGAAUUUCUGUUCACAUUGGCUUUGGUAUUGCCUGGGAAAAGUCAAAAUAAUGGGGGAAGACUCCCACCCCCCAGGCAUUGCUGAAGAUCUGGCAUUGUUGGCAAAAAUGAACAUUACAGAUCAAGACAUUUUAGGACAAGCCCUGGAAGAUGCCUUGGAAGUGUUACAAUACCAGUCUGAAGGUGACUUAAAUUAUGUGCCAGUAGAUUAUAAAAACUGUCCAGCCUAUCAUCACCUUAAUCUCCAAGCAAAUUCAAGCUACUUGGCUGAAUCCUCUACAGAAAAACCAAUCUAUAGCUGGAAGAAUGCAAUAAAUAUUGAAGAUUUGUAUCAGGAUGGAGCUGUCUACCAUACCUUGCAAACAAUUCCAGAAAACAAAGAAAUGUGCACUGUAGCUCUCCAGCAAAGAAGGGGGAAAGGCCGAAAAAAGUUGCGCUUAUUUGAAUAUCUUCACGAGUCUCUUCAGAACCCAGACAUGGCAAACUGCAUCCAGUGGAUAGAUGAGCCAAAUGGUGUCUUUCAGUUUGUUUCCAAAAACAAGGAGAAACUGGCAGAACAAUGGGGGGAACGCAAGGGAAACCGUAAGGUCAUGACAUACCAGAAGAUGGCCAGAGCCCUGAGGAACUACAGUAGAACAGGGGAAAUACUUAAAAUCCGAAGAAAGCUCACCUAUCAAUUUGGUGCUGUGGUUUUGCAAAGGCUUUCUCCAGUCUACUUUCUUGGAAAAGAUGGAGAUGUUGAUCGCUAUGCUCAAGAUAACCAAGAAGUCCAGCAUCCAGAUGACUGGUUUUCUUAUCAUUAUCACAUGUACAACAACAGCCAUGAGCUACAGCAGGCUAGCAGCAAUGCAGUUCAAUUCUGUUACGAGUCUUAAUAGUUACUUCAAAGACCAGCAACAAUACUUCAGUCUCUCUCUCUCUCUCUCUCUCUCUCUCUCUCUCUCUCUCUCUCUCUCUCUCUGUAUUAGGGAUCCACAGUUGACUUACAGUGUUUCCAUACUUCUUAAAACUACUAACUCUAUAGAAAUCUGAAGACAAGCUUUCAGAUUCACAUAAUCUUAAAGCUAAGCUGGAAUUGUCACAGAUGUUUAGAGCUCUUAAAAGUUUAAAAAAAAAAAAAAAGCAGGGGGGAGGAAAGAGCAGAGCAAACACUGGGAGGUGACCUGACUUUAAAAAUAUUUAACUGGAAAUUGACCAUUUUGUUGUUCAGUUUAUAUCGCUUUUCAUAAGGCAUCCCAAGGUUUUUCCAUUAACAGUACAGUACAAUCCUUAACAUACUAAGUCCCUCACUAAGUCCCCUCCUGAUUGCAUGGGACUGACUUGAGUAACUGUGCUUAAGAGGGCAGCUUAAGCGUUUUUAGGACUGCAGCCCUAGUGGUAAUAUGCAAAUGCAAAUGUUAAGAGCUUCAUAAUGCAGAAAACACAUGAAGAGCGACUGUGAUUUCUAUGAGUUCUUACUUAAAUCUUGCUGUUUGGAUCAAAUUAAACAUCA